AUGACCUGUUUCAGUUGCAUACAAAAGAUAAGGAGUCUCGCGCAUCCAAUGCAUCAUGUGCCAUUAGGACCACAGGGUGCCUCCUUCCCGCAAAAUCUACAACCACCACCCCAACCACAACUACAACUACAAAUACAAAUGUUGGCAAAGGCCAUGCACCAGCGAGAACAAGCUCUGCGUGCACGUCUCAAUAGUGUCGAGCAAUGGAAAUCACAGGUCGAGGCCCAGAUGGCAAAUGCGGCGCCAACAAUUACUGGACAGUUGCAAGAAGGGUUUCAGCAGCAGAAUGAGCCUGUCCAGCAAGCACCACCGUGGCAUACUGUCUCGCAAUUGUCUCAAUUAAAUCAUGUCCUGGCGCCAAGUGCUAGUCAUGGUAAUCAGCAACCGCAACCAUCGCAACCGAGUCAAACCAUUCAUCCGGCACCAUCGAACCUAACCCCGGAACACGAAGAGAGCAGCCAGCCCUUCCAGCCCCCGCCGCACACUGUGGAACCGGCUCCAACGCAAACAACCCGUACUCACCUUCCAGAACAAGCGCACCAGUCGGGAGAGCAGCAUCCAAUUAUCAAGCAGGAGAAACAACUCCAGAACGAGACAGCACAGCAACACCCGCAUCAACGAACAAGACCUCCAGGCCAGGGUCGUGGCCGCCAUUCCCGAGCCAAGAGGCUUCGGCGGAGAAAGAUUGCCGAAGAGCGUUUAAAGCAGAUGGGAGGGUUCACAGGGUCUGCUACCCUAAUAGUGUGUUUUAAGGCGGAUGUGCGCGAGUAG